UUGAAUAAAAAAAAAAUCAUUAAAUUAUGAUGUUGAAAUCAAUACUGAUUUUAUUAUGUCUAAAGUCGUAUAUUGAAUUUACGCGCUUUUUUUACAAGCAGAAAGUCUAGUUCCGGCUUGAUGCGUACUAGUAGUGCGGAGAUGUCGCACUUUGAGUAGCCGCGAAAUUCGAAAUAUGCAGUUUUAUAAAGAAAAAUUACUCUCGCCUGGACAAUUGAAGCGAUUAAGUGAGCACAAAUAUAGUUGCACAACUAAUAGUCUUUUGGAUGCAUUUCUUCAACCCUGGUGGGACUGGCUUGUCAGCAAGGUUCCACUUUGGCUUGCACCGAAUUUAAUUACUAUAUUGGGUCUAAUUGUCAAUAUUGUUACUACAUUAAUAUUAGUGUAUUAUAGUCCCGAUGCAAAAGUUGAGGCACCUAGAUGGGCAUGUUUUUUAUGUGCGUUGGGUUUAUUUAUUUACCAAAGUUUGGAUGCUAUUGAUGGCAAACAGGCUAGAAGAACUGGUACGUCUACGCCAUUGGGAGAAUUAUUUGAUCAUGGAUGUGAUUCAAUAUCCACAGUAUUCGUAGCAUUAUCCGCAUGUAUAGCUGUACAGUUGGGAUAUUAUCCAACAUGGAUGUUCUUCCAAUGUUUUUGCGCAAUGACUUUAUUUUAUUGCGCGCAUUGGCAAACUUAUGUCUCAGGAUCUUUAAGAUUUGGAAAAGUGGAUGUAACAGAAGCUCAGUUCACCAUCAUAGGAAUACAUCUUGUUUCUGCUAUUUUUGGACCUAAGAUUUGGAUGAUGGAGAUACCAUACAUUGAUGGUUUUCUGUUGAAAUAUUUAAUAGGAGUUAUGACAGUGGUGUGUGCUCUGGCAAACUUAUAUUCCAUAUUUUCGGUGAUUUUCACCGGAGGAGUGGGCAAGAAUGGUUCGACUGUGGCUUUGCCAUAUACUGGCACAGAGGUCAAGAUCUUUCCAUUAUGGAUCGCCGUGGGCAUCGCUAUUUUACUUGCACAAAGCAGUAUAUCCGUCAUUCUUGCCGGUGGUGUCGGAAAAAAUGGCUCCACCGUCGCAGGAACAUCGGUUCUAUCGCCGAUCAUCCCAUUUAGUUUCGUGGUAGUUCCAGCUUUCAUAAUUUAUAGGAAAAGUACUGAACACGUAUACGAAAAUCAUCCCGCGUUGUAUAUACUUGCAUUUGGGAUGGUUGCAGCAAAAGUUACCAAUCGAUUAGUGGUCGCUCAUAUGACGAAAAACGAAAUGCAAUAUUUAGAUAGUUCCUUAAUCGGUCCAGCCAUGCUGUUUCUUAACCAAUAUUUCAACUUUUUUAUCAAAGAGUACUACGUUCUCUGGUUGUGUUUCAUUUGGGUCACGUUGGACCUUCUGCGAUAUAGUGCUCAAGUCUGCCUUGAAAUUUGUGAUCAUAUGAAGAUAAAGCUAUUCAGAAUACCGGUGGGGGAUCAUCGCACUAUCGGCCCUCAGCUUAACGUCGCCGAAAAAAAUGAAAUGUCCUUUGUAAACUUUGGAGAUACUGAUAUACAUAGUUCACAUGGUCAUCGAACAGGAGCCGCUGUUAAACGAGGAUUAUCAUCAUGGCUCUGAUACCGCCCUCGACAUCUGACGUUUACCAUAGCGUAUGGUAACAUCGAUUGUACCAAUAUAUUAAACAUAUUUUAUUUACGAAUUGUAUAAAAAAGAAUCUACACGCAAGGAGUUCUUUACUUAAUUAUAAUGUCUGGGUGUAAAAGUCGGAUGUACAGUAUUUUUUACUAGCGUUGAAGAAUUGAAAAAAAAAAGGUUUUUGUAUACUACAAAUCAUAUGAAGGAACGUUUUUAUACGUUUCCUAAAAUUAUUUAUUUAUUUCUAUUCUUAUCAGCAGACGUUGAGAAUUUUUCAUUGCAAGUAUAUUUCCGUUUUAUCAACUGAUUAUUUGUAAAGAAAUUAAGCAAAAAAAUGAUUGUAAUUUUUCUUUUUAGUUUUGAAGCAUCAUUCUUUUAGGUUUCUUUCUAUUUUUAUUUAAACGAUCGUAUCUUUAAAAAAUUGUCUAUGUAUCAACAUGACAACGAUAUGCAGCCCGUUGCUUCGAUAAGGUCUCAUUAAUAAUAAAUAAAUAAAUAUAUAUAUAUAUAUAUAUAUAUAUAUAUAUGGUAUGUAUAUAUAUAUAUAUAUAUAUAUAUAUAUAUAUAUAUAUAUAUAUAUAUAUAUAUAUGUCUAUGAAAAGACUCGGGCUAAAAUUAUUGUAUUGACUUAUAUAUAUACAACAUACAUAUUUAUGCACGUUAAAAGUGAAAAAGUUAAGUAAAAUUAAUUAAGAUGAAACAUUGUAUAAUCGAUGCGACGAUGUAAAUUCUUAUAUUCAAUUAUGCAUCUCUAUAGCUACGAUCACAAAUGUAACCAAACGUAAGGAUUUCAGAAAUUCGUCGUUUGGAAAUUGCGUUGUGCUAAAAAAGAAAAUAGAAAAAUAAAACAAAACAAAACAAAAAGUAUAGGUAAAAAAGAAAAAAGAAAAAAAAAGAAAAGUUGUAAACUUUUCACCGUCCACUGAUAAAUUUAUCACAGAGCCGGAAUGUAAAUGGUAAAAGUAAUAAUAAUAUAUGAGAUCCUCAAAUUGAA